UCUCAAUCUAGAGUCCUGUCUCUUAUUGGGGGGAAUCUGCUACAAGAGAUUGCUAUGCUAUAAUCACUAAGCUCUUCUAAGAGCCUGUUUCUGUCCUGCUUUACUCUCUGGGGAAAGAGCGGUUCACCCACUGGAACCUGGAGCCUUGUCGUAGGUCCAGGGUGGGUAGGAGACGACGAGACCUCAACCAAGCUGCGGUGGUUCAUGGGGUCUGCGGUAGUUAUGGUCUCUGGAGUCUUUGGAGUCCUCAGGAAGCGCUAGGAGCAUCCUUCAACGGAGGUACCCAGAUAUAUAUAUAUACUUGUGUAGUUGGUGGGUUAUAUUGCCGUGUGUGUAUAUGUAAUUGCGGUGAUUUACCAGGUUUUUGGAUACUUAUUUCUCUUCCUUUAUGUAUUCUUUCUGUGUCCAUCAUAAAUGAUUUUAUGAUCGCUCCCAGCAUUUUUAGGUCCGUCCCAGAUGCAAAAAGAGCUUAAUUCAUUGUAUCUAAGGGGGUAAUAUUCCUCUUUGUGGACUUUAGGACUUUGCUUUCACAGAUAAGAGACAUUCCUGGCAGCGGAGUCCAUAGGUUAGCGAGACCUUUAAUGGGAGUAAGGGUUACUGUGCGAUUCCUGGGGCACACAGAGGACACACUGUCACAGUACUUUAUAUACUUAACGCGCAAGGUACUUUGUAGCACCCUGACAUUGAAAUUCCGCUGACUUUGUGAAUAUUUUUUAUAUUUUUAAUAUGUAUGUGCUCCUUUGUCUAGUCUCUCUAUUGUCAGUGGAUGCUGUAUAAAUCCAUAUUGAUCACUGAGCUGCCAAACACCAUAACCACUACAAUACUAAUGUGCUAAUGUUCACAGGUAGUGUGAUGCUUGGAACCAAGCGUCUGCUCCCAUUUUUCAGAACCUCCAAUUAAGAAAGGCGUGUCUCUGCAGGAGAACAUUGCUGUGAAGGGAGCUGUGCUUUAUUGGUGAGGGGAACCAUAAGAUUAACUCCCACCAACCUCAAGCAGCCUGGAACAUCUUUAUCCUGAUAGUAAACCAAGUUAGCAGGGUCCCUAGUAAACCCUGGUGUGUGCACCGUGAUGACAGGGGACCAGCAAUUUCUGGCACAUUAGCUGGAAAUAUAUAUAUAUUUUUUUUUUUUAAAUCCUAUUUUAUAAAUUAAACGAUGUGGAAAAUAAUCUGAUGCUGGAAAUUUGUCUGUCCAUUUCGCGCGCUCUGUCCAUCUUGCACUAUGUAUGUAUGUGUUUUGGUGCCUCCAUCUCCCACUGUCUAUAAUCUGUCUGUCUUGCAGUAUGUCCAGCUUGGAAUGUGUGUGCAUGGUCACUAAAAUGCCCUGUAAAUCACAAGGCUGGAGACGUUAUGCACUACUUUGCCUUCUUGCUUCUUAGGGGUGUCGUGUCUACCAGAGGCUGACCCCCUUGUUCUAGGUGCAAGGAGGCCUACGAGAGGGGAUCUCCUCCCCCCUCUGUGCAGAUUCUGCUGACCCAGCAGCUUCUCCUGAGUACAAUCUUAAUCCUCAGGGAUUUUGAGGAUUUAGUGAGAGCCUUACCUGACACGUCUGCAUACCCUGGUACCUAGUGCAGCAACAGCAAAGGAAACUGGGAGAAAUUAACACAAUCUGACCCCUGGAGACAGAGGGUGGUCUGUUCCCAAAAGAAGGGGCCUUCUUGAAGGAAGAGAGGAAGAACUGAUUCUAAUCUCAAGGGGAUUAGACUGGGAGAGAACCUACCUCCCUUGCUGCAACAACCCUACCACCCCCCCAUUCCUAGACUCUAGGAACCCCCACCCACUUAAAGAGGAUCUACUUACCAGUUUCAGACUCUUCCCAUCUCUAAGGGCAAAGAUUUAUUUUUCAUUUUAGAAGAAGUGGUCCAGCUCCCACUAAGAAUGCUGAGCAAUCAGUCCACGGUUUGCCUGUUCUCGGGGGUCUGUGCCACCCUGUUUGCGCUGGCACUGGUGUAUUACUUGUAUUGGUGAGUGUAACAAGGCUCUCUUUCGGGAUAAUAAUUCACGUGGUUAAGCUUAUCUGUCUUUGAAUCCAUUCUUGUGUGAUUGUUUGGUGGGUGUUUGAAUGUUUUGCCUAAGUACAAAUGACACUGCGUCUACAUAUUCCCCAUCCCCCACGCUGUGAGCUGCCCCCUGUGUGCAGUCCUUGACUGAGCUGUUUUUUGGUGGAAGUGUUAGAAUUUGGUUUAAGAAAGCUGUUUGUGGGUAGUCCACUCCCAGGUCCAGAAAUCCUGCUUAUUAUUAGAGACAGAUAAGCUCAGUUUUUCCACAAAUUCUGAAUACAUUGGCACCUUAAAAGCACCUUUCCUGUGAUAAGUGACCAUUCCAGGAUAGGUACCCCAUUCUGUACAUAGUAAAGUGUAAAUGUACUUUCCUGAUGGAGAACUAUUUGGUGGCAACCUUUUUUUAUUUUCACGUUAGCCUCUGGGUCUUCAUGUGUUUGCCAGGCGGUGUUUUUACAUGGUUAGUGGGAGAAUAGGUACAGUGUGUGCUGGGCGGUGUUUUUACAUGGUUAGUGGGAGAAUAGAUGCAGUGUGUGCUGGACGGUGUUUGUACUCAGCGGGAGAAUAGGUACCGUGUGUGCCGGGCAGUGUUUGUACAUGGUAAGUGGGAGAAUAGGUACAGUGUGUGCCGGGCGGUGUUUUUACAUGGUUAGUGGGAGAAUAGGUACAGUGUGUGCCGGGUGGUGGCUGUACUCGGUUAGUGGGAGAAUAGGUACCGUGUGUGCCGGGCGGUGUUUGUACUCGAUAAGCGGGAGAAUAGGUACCGUGUGUGCCGGGCGGUGUUUGUACAUGGUUAGUGGGAGAAUAGGUACCGUGUGUGCCGGGUGGUGGUUGUACUCGGUAAGCGGGAGAAUAGGUACAGUGUGUGCUGGGCGGUAUUUGUACAUGGUUAGUGGGAGAAUAGGUGCAGUGUUUGUACUCGGUAAGUGGGAGAAUAGGUACAAUGUGUGCUGGGUGGUGUUGUAGGGAUUUAAUCAGUUGGGUGGGUUAUGUACUUUGUGCACUGGGUCGGGUUUGAACUUUGAGUGUUUUUGGUAUAAAUAAAACGUAUAAAAGGGUAUGUUCGAGAAAUUGACUGUGUUUGCAAAUGAAAACUAAUACACAGCGUUAUGCUAUUGGCGAUGUCCAUUAAAUAGAUCCUUACGGUGCACUUACAAUGGAAAAGGAGAAAUGUUGUCAAUAACGGUUUGGUGGAUUCCCUGCGGCUAGGAGGAUGGUUUUAUAUAGUCACUGUCAUGUACACUGGAACUAAUCGUUCUGACAUGGGGGAUUACAUGGGGCCAUUGGGCUCAGUACCAUAAGAUUGCUUGAUGUUAACAUCUGGCACAUAACUGGGGGGUGGGGAUUGUGGACAUAGCAGGGUGUUGGGGUUCAUUGAAUACAAUGUACACACUUCAAAUCAUACUGAGGAAGUGACAGUAUGCCUCUUGUGCUUUCUUCUCAAACUGACCCAUCUCAUUCUGUUUUUUUCCUCACAGGACGGUGGCUCUGAGUGAGGGUCCGUGUAAGCGGCACUGAGCGCAGGAAGCAGAAAUGGGGGUUUGGGGGUUCGUGAAGACUCAGUUUGUGGUUCAUCUUCUCAUUGGCUUUGUGUUCGUGCUUAGCGGCCUCAUCAUCAACUUCAUUCAGCUCUGCACUGUUCCCUUGUGGAGUAUAAACAAGCAGGCGUACCGCAGGCUCAACUGCCGGCUGGCAUACUCCCUCUGGAGCCGUGAGUACCCCAGUGUCUAGCUAAGAUUCGCUGAGUGAUGCUAGUCUCAUUGUAAUAUGGGAUUAUUUUUAGAUAAUGUCACAGUAUGAUUCUUAGCGCCUCUCUAUUUAGCCCUGCAGUAGAAAGGAUCUCCUUGUUAUAUAAUGCUAGAUAUUGGUAUGGUGCUGGCAAUCAUUCACACUGUGUUGUUCCCUAGAGCUGGUGAUGCUGUUGGAGUGGUGGUCUGGCACAAAAUGCACUCUCUUCACGGACCAGCAGACGGUGGAUCACUUUGGGAAGGAGCACGUCAUCAUUAUCCUCAAUCACAAUUUUGAGAUUGACUUCUUGUGUGGCUGGACCAUGUGUGAACGUUUUGGAGUGCUCGGGGUGAGUGUGAGAUCCAUAUCUCUGCUGAGCCCACUUAGUGUUUAAAGAGGCUGAGACACU